UAAUUUAUUAAAAAACAAGUGUUGAUUAAAAUUAGAAAUGUCUGAACAUGGGGCUGCUCUACAAACCUAUAAUCAAGAGUUAGUGAAAUGUCUAGAAGAGUUAAAAAAUAAGCGAAAUGCGUUGCAAGUGAUCAUUGAACGAGAAGAAAAUGAAAAGAUGCAACUAGAGAAAAACAUGAAAGUCAUACAAGACAAACUACAGUCAUGCAAUAAUAAAUUAAUUCAACACAUAAGAAUAAGAAAUAAUUACGACCAGACAAUAAAAGAAACAGAAGUUGGCUUUAAAAAGAUAUUAGAGAGUUCUCAAACCUUAUUAAACCUUGUUCAACAUGAAGCAGGCAAACUUAACACCUGUAUCGACUCAUUAUGCAAAAUUAGCAGCAUACAAUACAAUGCCUCGUGUGAUUGAUUAAUUUUAAGUAGAACAAGUAUGUAUAUUAUAUUUAAUAACUGUUUUAAUACAAUUUUUGGACUUUUAAAUGCUGU